CAGCGCGAGCUGGCGUUGGAGAUCUUUACGCCAUACGGAAAAACUGCUGGCUGUUCAGGCCUCUGGGCCGAUUGUUUUUUCUGCGUUUUAAAAUCAGCGGAGAAACACUAGGGCCGCAAAGAAUUGAUAUUCGCGAAGACAUCGGUUAUGAUCUGGCAGAGGUGCGGCAAAACCGAAACGACAUAGAUUUCUUCGAGGGCCAAGACAACAAAUUUAAGGGCAGAACCACGACUAUUUGUGUAUUUUGGGACAAUUCACUCAACUGAGGAAGACAACCCCACAGACAGACAGACACACACACACUCUCACUCAGAGGCCCAGGGGCUAGCGCUUAGCCGGCCUGAUGGAGGACGCAGAGACGGAGCUGACGUCAUCGGAGCCCGAGGCCCUGGGCGCGGACUUCAUCACCGUGGAGCUGGACACACAGCCCAUCGAGUACGUGGUCAAGUGGGCCGAGGUGGGCUCCAAGUUCACCAUCUCGUGCGUGAAGAAGGACUCCGAGGAGGGCUUUGUGCCCGGCGAGCUGAAACCCGAGCCGGACGAGAGCUUCUUCGCCCACUACGAGUCCGUCUACCCAGAAUGCAUCGUGGAGGAGAGUGUGGAGGUGCCGCCGCCAGACGAGGAGGAGAUGCUGGAGGACGGCCACAGCGACUCGGACGACCCGACCGAGCCCGGGGUCAGCCAGCUGGGCCACGAUGACGACGUGGACGACGAGGUGAUGCCGCCCCCCCGGUGGAGAGGAGGAGGGGGCAGGACCGGCACGCGCGCCCCCAAGGGCAGCGGCUCUCACGCCUGCCACGUCUGCGGCAAAUGCUACAGCCACUCGUCCAGCCUGUCCCGCCACGUCCAGACGCACGGCCGGGGCGGAGCCAAGGCCAUCAUCGCCGCGGCAACCGCCGCUGCCGCAGCCGCUGCAGCCAAUCAGCACAAAGAGGAGUACGGCAAGGCCGGCGAGGGCAAGAAGACGCUGGCGUGCAACGUGUGCGGCGUCCGCUGCAACGGCAAGCGCCUGCUGGCCAUCCACAAGAAGAGCCACAAGGCCAAGCGGCUGCACACAUGCAAUCUGUGCGGGAAGCACUUCAACCACAGCUCCAGCCUGUCGCGCCACCGCCUCAUCCACAAGGGCAAGGCCCGGCCCGGCACGACCAGCGCGGGCACCAAGGCCCCCCGUGGAGCCGCCAUGGUGCUGCCCGAGCUCAGCAUGGCGCUGCCCAGCAUGGGCAAGCCCAAGAAGAAGCGCGGGGGUGGGCGGGUCAAAGGUGGCAUGGCGGUCAAUGUGGGCGGUGAGAAGCAGUACCAGUGCACGCAGUGCGACAAGGUCUUCAGGAACUCCACGCAGCUCUCCAAACACCAGGUGGCGCACGUGAGGCAGCUGCUCAACUCCUACACGCAGGACAGCAAAGACCCGCUGGCCAAGUCGUCCGACCUGAAGAUCCGCCUCAAGCUGUGCUCGCGGGACAAGCCCAACUACUACACGCUCUGCAAGAAAAACAAGCGCUCCAAGGCGGCGGCCCGUGCCCGACUUGCAGCCGCGACAGCGGCGGCGGCAGCUGCCCAGGCCCAGUCUCGCAGCCCUGACCCCGAGCGCCCGUACGAGUGUCUCCACUGCGACAAGCGCUUCAGCAGCACGGGCAGCCUCGCCCGCCACGAAAACAGCCACGCCGGCGAGAAGCAGUACACGUGCAGCAUCUGCCGCAAGAGCUUCGUGCGUCUGUCCAACCUCAAGCAGCACCAACAGACGCACGCGUCCGGCAAGCUCUACUCCUGCCUGCACUGCGGCAAGACCUUCGUCCACUCCUCCAGCUUCUCGCGGCACAAGAAGGUGCACUCGGCCGACCGCGCCGCCUCGCAGGGGGGCAAGCAGCGCCAGAGGAGCCGCCCCGUCAUCGACGAGACUGCGCCCCUGGAGUCAGACUCUGAGUGAGAGGAGACCCCCCCCCCCCAAACCCUCUCCUCUCCACUCUCCUUCUCUUCUUCAGCGGAGUGUGUUUGGGUUGGACUUUUGCAACACUGCUGACAGUUGAGGAAAGGAAGACAAACAAACAAACAAAACAACUCUGUAAUUGGCCAAUGUUCAGUUCUUUCCCCUCAUACAGACCCCCCUUGUUUGCGUAUUUGUUUUAUUUUAUCUUCUUUUUUUUUGUUAGGUUUUGGGACUUGAGUUGGCGUUCUGUGUUUUUCAAUGCAUCUUGGGUACCAUGUGUUUGGGCCUGAAUCCUACUCUUCACCCCCACCCCCAUUUUAAAUUGGUCAUAGCGUAUCGUCUGUGUGUGUGUGUGUGUGUGUGUGUGUGUGUGUGUAUGUGUGUAUAUGUGUAUAUGAGUUGGCCACGUAGCCAUCAUUGCAAAUGAGUAUAGAUUUUUUUUUUGUAGACAUUCCCUUUGUUACUUGGUUGGUUCUGGAAGGUUAAUUUAUGUUAAUUUAAGGAUUGAAUUUGAAUUGGACUGGCGUGUAGGGAACCCUGGUCGUGCCCGGUGAAUAUUAUUAUUGUUAUUAUUAUUAUUAUUAUUAUUAUUAUCCCCAAAAAUUUACAACUACCAGAACUUCAAAAAAAGAAAAAUGAAAAUAGAUGAAGCAAAAAAAAAAAAUCUGUUGAGGGUGUUUGAUGCGUUUAUUUAUUUUUGAUAUGUGUCUGAACGCUGCCCCUCACUGAAUGAAGAACUUUUACCAUUUGACCUUGAACUUUUACCAUUUGACCUUGUGGCUGCCUGAGGUCACAAGCAAGCGUGAAAGUGGGCCUCACUUGCGGCGCCGCCGAGCAGGUCAAGGUCCGGUUCGGUCCGGUGUGCCGUAGCCGGGGAGCACCCCUCCCCGACGUCCACUCGUUUGUUCAUAGUGUGUAGCUUCCCACGUCCAGCACCGUUCUCUGUGCGGGUCGAGCGGUCCCCUGACUUAGACCAGUUCACAUCCCAGAGUUAACCCAUCGGAUGCUGGUUGAUGUUUCACAUCAUAUUUUGCUCUUCCAUCUCUUUAUUUUUCUCUCUGUCUGACUAUCUGCAUCUCUCCUAUACAGUUUUUAAGCUAAAACACAAAGGUUUCUUUCCAGGACUGAUCUACCAUGACGCUUCUGUAUCUGUUUGUGUGUCGGUUCAAGUUGAGUGUGCGGUUUCCGGUUCCGUGUCGAUCGCUUGGUUGGUUUGUUAAAUCGAUCACCUCCUCGUCCUCGCGUGGGGCGGAGGCUGUGCUGUGGAAUAAAAUUGGACCUUUGAGAACCUUCUCCUUCCUCCUCCACGUUCUUUUCCAGAGCCGCUCGGUCCGAGUCGUCACCACCUGACUGCGUAAACCGCUCCUGGACUCAAGGCGGUCUCCCCCACAUCUGCUUACUAAAGAGAAUAAAACUUUAUUUUCUAGCAGUAUGUCAAAAUAUGAAAUCCAUUGUACCCACGCCAGGGUUAUACAGGACUCUGAAUUUAAUACUCACAUAUAGAGAAAAUGUGAUCAUAUAUAAAUAUAUAUAUAUAUAUAUUUGUGUGUGCAUGAUGAUUAUACCAUGAGAAUAUACUUGAGCAAACUGCGUUAGUUUCUUCCCAUCGGCUGCGUGUUGUGGAGAAGACUGAUGCGUUGAGAUGGGCCUCCCGGUGUGUGGGCCGAGCGAAGCUUCCUCUGACGGAUUUCUCCGGGAGCUGGCAAAGGAUUUCAUAUUUUCACAGGUGUUGCACUAUUGUAUGUAUAGAUGACAAAACGAACAAGCACUACGUAGUUAUGAAUUGGAACGGCUGCUCUGUGUGUGUGCUGCACGAGGACUAAGAAUCGCCCGAUAAUAAACAAACACAAAACGAACUCCUAAUCAGGCAGAUUUUUUACCGGCUCCCGUCCAGCCAGACCCACACACACACACAUUUGAUCCCACCACCCAGGGAAAACAGACUCCAUGCAACAUUUUAUAAAAACUGCAACCCUUCGUCACCUGCAGGUUUCUCAAGUGUCCUCAGCAGCUCUGUGUGUGUGUGUGCGUGCGUGUGUGUGCGUGUGUGUGCGUGCGUGUGUGUGUGUGCGUGUGUGUGUGCGCGCGUCACCAAAGCUUCCCAGAGCCGCCGGCUGUAUGUAUGCGCAAGACGAUAAUACUCUCGGUCCCACCAUGCCCCGUUCCUGUAUCUGCAGAAAAUGUUUUCUUCUAGUCUAGUCCAUGUGUUCCGCUGGUUCCCCUGGGUUCUCUCUGUUGUGGUUCUUAUUCCUUCUCCAGUAUUUCUCCUCUGAGGGUUCUGCUCGAUCUCAGCGGUUCCUCUGCUGGCAGUGCUGUAACUCCGCCCCCCCACCCCUCGGAUAAAACAGCGCCCCCUCCUGCCCAGAGAGGUGCAUUUUGUAUUGUGUUAUUCCAUUAGAGUAAAACUGAGUUCUGUCAUGCGUUAUUUUGUAAUAAACCAUUGAUUGAAGAA